GAAACAGUAUCCCGGUUCAAACACCAAGUGUCAGACCAGCUGGGGGUCAUGCGGUCCUAUCUGGGGGUGCUGGAGUCUUCCCUGGGCCAGGAGGCUGAGCGGGUGCAACAACAGGCCACCGAGGCCUUGCAAAACGAACGCAAGACCUUGACCCGCUACCUGGAUCAGCUCAAGCAGAUGGAGAUGGUGCUGGGCAACGUGCAAGACGAACCCCAGACCGAGUUCCUGAGGAAAUAUUGUCUGGUUGCCAGCAGAUUGCAGAAGAUCCUGGGGGAAUCUCCACCCGUGGCCCGCAUGGACAUUCAGCUCCCCAUAAUUUCUGAUGAGUUUAAGUUUCAAGUAUGGAGGAAGAUGUUCCGUGCAAUAAUGCCAGCUUUGGAAAACCUGACCUUGGACCCAGCCACCGCGCAAGCCAACCUAGUGGUGUCUGAAGAUGGGAAAAGAGUGGAAUGUGUUGAACAUAAGCAAGCCAUGAGCUCGGAUGACCCACAACGGUUUGACAAGUCCAACUGCCUGGUGUCACGCCAGAGCUUCUCACAAGGAGAACACUACUGGGAGGUGACAGUAGAUGACAAGCCCCGUUGGGCUCUAGGCCUCAUCUCAGCUGAAACCGGGCGCAAGGGUCGCCUGCACGCCACCCCGUCCAAUGGCUUCUGGCUGGUGGGUUGCAAGGAAGGGAAAACCUAUGAGGCCUUUGUGGAGCACAAGGAACCCCGGUCUCUGAAGCUGGAGGGAAAGCCCAGCCGAAUUGGGAUCUACCUCAGCUUCGACGAUGGCCUCCUGGCCUUCUACGAUGCCAGUGACGAAGACAAUCUGGUCCAGAUCUUUGCUUUCCAUGAGCGCUUUACAGGCACGGUCUACCCCUUCUUUGACGUCUGCUGGCACGACAAGGGCAAGAACAGCCAGCCUUUAAUCCUCUACACCCCAGAGUCACAGGAGCGAUAACUAACCAUGAGCAGAAAUGACCCGGUAUCUUCUAGACCAGCCUUCUAGACCCGGGUUCCUCUUUAUGUGCUGAGUCUGCAUCGUGUAGCAUCCUAAAAUUCUAGACAAUUAUAAUCCCAAUAGCUCUGGAGAACACCAAAUGAGCAAAGGCUGCUAUAAAUUCACUCAUUACCAGCUCCUAUCUAUAUUAUCACCUGCCAUGGUCUUCAGAGGAGCUGUUUCUUACCAAAGCUGCACAUUGUACCCCUCUCCCCAAUUAUUGGUAAUUUUAACUCCGUUGCACACAGACUCCUAAGUCAUAGCCACAUUCAGUUUGAUUAAAGAAAUGCCACUGUAUCAGCACAGGUCUGCCAUCUAAAACUUGGAAUCUUGACAACUUUCUUGGUUUAGAAAUAAAGGUUUAUUAUCCUUGU